AUGCAGAGGCGGGAGAAUCCGUCUGAGAACGGAAAGCGCAGUCGCCUGCGUUUUUUUUCCGAGGUGGAGGAGGCGACAUCUCCAUUCUUGGACCGGAAGCCAUGUCGCGUCCAGACAAGCGAAGUCAUCGUGGAGCACUGGAUCUUGACCUUGGUCCGAUUGUCUGACGAUGAAGAUGAUGAUGCGGGGCGAGUGGGUGGCGGCAGUGCAAAAAGAGAGGAAAGCAUUGGCGAGCUGCUGGGUGACAGCAAAGAGCUAAAAUUCGGAGCGCCAGCUCGGCAGCGGAGACAGCAAGGGUUCCGGCUAGGCGGUGGAGUCGACCCUCUCCAAGCACUGGUUGAUCAAACUCGGCCACCCAUCACAGAGGAUGACGAGCCGGAUUCGGAGUUCGAGCGAGAAUUUGAAAGAGCUGUUGCUGGGGCGGCCUCCAGCAUGCCAGCUCGGCCGGCGCCGCCAGAGCCCUCAGCUGAGCCUGCAGGCGAUGACUUGGAUGACAUCGUCGGCGAGAUUGGUGACAUACUGGGUGAUGAGCAGCUUACCAGUGCUCGGCGGACGUUGCGAAGAUCCCAAACGGCUCCAACAGCUGCCCUUGACCAUCACACAGCAGAGCUCGAGGAGACCGAAAAGAAUCAAACCGAGGGUCUUGCAGACAUAGGCACAGUAGACCGGGAUGGAUUAGGUUGGCCGUGGGUGAACAGGCCCUGA